GAAGUUACGACCAUGGUCCAAGCAUGAAGUAUAACUUGCAACAGCUUAAACGCUAUUAAGAAAGAGGGCGAGUUAUACUGAGAAUUGCUUUCAACCUACACUCUUAUGCGUUUUUUUCAAAACCUGACCCUAAUUAUUCUGCGUGAUGAGAUGAUACACGAUAAUGGCGUCCAUUUCCACUGUCAUUUCUCUACUGCAUCGUAGUUCCAGUUUUUCAUCGCCUGGAGCUUGUGAUCAUGGAAAUUCGUGGAGAUUUCUCGGCAAGUAUCGUUACUCAUGUUUUGAGCAAAGAAUGGGUUUUGUUGGCUGGAAAUACCGGGCAAAAUAUUUUUCUGAGCUUGUAUGUAUAGGAAGGCGUUGUCAUAAGUGGAACUUGGGGUUUUUUGUGAGGGCUAGUGGUGAUAUUUCGAGGCCUGAUGAUAACCAGAACAGAGAGCCAUGGAAGAGAGCUUUAACUGAAUCUAAAGUGAUUGAAGCAUUGCAAGGAGUGAUAAACAAUAUGCCUCCUCCAAAUUGGAAGUUGAAAAGUGGGAUCACAAUGGAUGCAAUAGGUUUGGGUGUUCUCAUUACAAUCAUUGUGAAUAUCCUUCGAGCAUUUUUGGUCAUGAAAGUUGGUUCCAAACACCGUGGAUCUGUGGCUGAUCUUGUAAAGCGUGGACAGAUCCGAUCCGAUAGAAGAGGCAUAUCAAAGCCUCUCAUAUAUGAUGACCCUUUUAACAACCCAUUGGUGAGAGUUGGGAAGGGCAACUCCACUGUCAAUAUGUUCGGAAAGGUUUAUCGCUUGGCCCCUGUAACCCUUACCACAGAGCAACAAAAAAGUCAUCAGAAAAGGAGAAUGCGUGCAUAUCAGUGGAAGAGACCAACUCUUUUCCUUAAAGAAGGAGAACCCAUUCCACCUGAUGUUGACCCUGAUACAGUGAGAUGGAUCCCUGCAAAUCAUCCUUUUGCAACUACUGUCAAUGACAUUGAUGAAGACUUGGCACAAAAAAAUGUCAACCAGAAACAUGGUGUUCCAUUUCGUAUCAAAGCAGAGCAUGAAGCACUGCAAAGAAAGCUGGAGAUGCUACAAAAUGUAAGUAUGGAGGAACAAAAGUUGAACUCCAUGACAAUAGAAACUGGCUCCAUCCGAGAACUCGAGAGGCCUUUUAAACCAUCUGGUCGGCUACAAGAGCAACAAGAACAGAGCCUAAUUGAUAACCCAAGCCCUGAUAAUCUUAACCCAGAGGAACCCCAAUCAACAUUUGAGAAUAGGACAUCACCAACAAACUCCACAAAGGAGCUACUCCCCUAAGACCCUAAGAACAGAAGGAAAAGUUUUCAGUCGAUGGUUGUGUACUUCCUGUGAUGUGGUGAUCAUUCAAAGGGGACUGUAUAGUCGAGAAGAUUAAUUCAAAUGCAGAGAUGCUGCUUGGAUUUGUUGUAAAUGAGUUCUGUUCUUUUUUGCUUUUCUAUGUGAAGUAUAGGUAUGCCAAGAUUGUUUUGUUUGCUGAGUUUGAUUUUAAAUUUCGAAGUCAAGCAUUUGAGCCCGUAACUUUACAUUUACUGUUUUUAAGAGAGAGAUUUGGGCUAUUACCUAGUUAUUCUUAGUAUAUUUGGCGUUAAUUUGUACUAUUUUGUGUAAAAAUGCAAAUAUGGACAAAAAAUUCCAAAGUUGCAUGUA